GGCUCGACUCAUAGCUCAGAACGCAAGUGGAUGAAACACAAGAACCCCGUUAAAACUAAGCCCAGAUAUGGAAUCUGAGAGAAAUUAUCUGAAUCCAGAAGCUGCAGGAAUGCUUUGAAUCUGUUUUGUAAACUUACUUUGCGGAGUGAUUCUCUUUCUUGAGUCGUAGUAACAGGAAGAAAAGAAAAUUCAUCCCUUAGUGCACCGUCUGUGAACUGAAUCAUGCCCCCCAGAUAGCAGUCUCGUCAUCCUUUCCACUCCCCCCUCCCUUGUCCCUCGGCCCCGUCCUUUACCUUCCUGGUUCAGCACCACCACUGCCAGCUUCACCACCAUAGCCACUAUGCCUCCCAGGAAGAGGACACGGGCGGGCUUGGGCUUCCUAUGCUGCUUUGGAAGCAGCGAGCCACCGGAGAUCAACUUGAAGGACACCGUGCCGCUGCAGCUGCUGGAGUUCAGCUCCCCCAUGCCACCUGCAGAGGAGCUGCAUGCACGCUUUUCUGAACUGGUGGAUGAACUGGACUUGACUGACAAGAAUAGAGAGGCCAUGUUUGCGCUGCCUGAUGAGAAGAAAUGGCAGAUCUACUGCAGCAAGAAGAAGGAGCAAGAAGACCCCAACAAGCUGGCUACCAGCUGGCCCGACUACUACAUAGACCGCAUCAACUCCAUGGCCGCUAUGCAGACAUUAUUUGCCUUUGAUGAGGAAGAAAUGGAAAUGCGGAACAAGGUGGUGGAAGAUCUGAAGACAGCACUCCGAACCCAGCCAAUGAGGUUCGUCACACGAUUCAUCGAACUCGACGGACUCACCUGCCUGCUCAAUUUCCUGCGCAGCAUGGACUACGAGACGUCAGAGAGCCGCAUCCACACUUCAGUCAUCGGCUGCAUCAAGGCCCUGAUGAACAACUCGCAGGGACGCGCGCAUGUCUUGGCCCAUCCGCAAAGUAUCAACACCAUCUCUCAGAGCCUGCGGACGGAGAACAUUAAAACUAAAGUGGCGGUACUGGAGAUUCUCGGAGCCGUUUGCUUGGUGCCUGAUGGACACAAGAAGGUGCUGCAGGCCAUGGCACAUUACCAAAAAUACGCUGCAGAGAGGACUCGAUUCCAGACACUCCUCAAUGAGCUGGACAGAAGCACAGGCCGCUACAGGGACGAAGUCAACUUGAAGACGGCAAUCAUGUCCUUCAUCAACGCAGUGCUCAAUGCUGGAGCUGGAGAGGACAACCUUGAGUUUCGUCUCCACUUGAGGUACGAGUUCCUGAUGUUGGGCAUUCAGCCGGUUAUUGAUAAACUCAGAGAGCACGAUAACGCCACUCUGGACAGACAUUUGGACUUCUUUGAGAUGGUGAGAAAUGAGGAUGACUCUGAGCUAGCCAAAAGAUUCGAUAUAUCCCAUGUGGACACAAAGAGCGCUGGUGCCAUGUUUGAGCUGAUCAAGAAAAAACUGAGCCACACAGAUUCCUACCCACAUCUUCUCUCGAUCCUUCAGCACUGCCUGCAGAUGCCCUAUAAACGUGGAGGUUGCAGCUUGCAGCACUGGCAGCUUUUAGACAGGAUCCUGCAGCAGAUUGUCCUGCAGGAUGAAAAGGGAGAGGACCCAGAUGUCUCCCCACUCGACAACUUCAGUGUUAAGAACAUUAUUCGCAUGCUGGUCAAUGAAAAUGAGGUAAAAUUGUGGCGAGAACAGGCCGAGAAGUUCAGGAAAGACCAUGCAGAGCUAAUGGCUAAGCUGGAGAGGAAGGAGAGGGAGUGUGAGACAAAGACCCAGGAGAAGGAGGAGAUGAUGAAGACUCUGAACAAGAUGAAGGACAAGCUGCAACGUGAGGGUGUCGAACUGCGUUCGGCCAGAGAGCAAGUGCUUGACUUGUCGUCGCGCAUCAACGACUUUGCACAGGGCAGCAGUGUUUCCAUGCUGCCUCCCCCUCCGCCUCCUGGAGCACCAGUGCCUCCACCUCCUCUACCUAUGUCAGGCAGCUUUCCUCCACCACCACCUCCACUGCCGUUCAGCUGCCCGCCGCCACCCCCACCUCCUCCUCCGCCAGGGGCACCUCCUCCUCCACCUGGAGCUCCUCCUCUUUUUGGAGCACCGCCGCCUCCCAUCCCCUCUUCAUUCAACUCCAUGAACAUGAUGCGGUCAAAGUCCAUUCCUCAGCCUUCUCAUCCACUAAAGUCCUUCAACUGGAGCAAAUUAGGAGAGAAUAUGAUCAACGGCACCAUCUGGAAUGAAAUUGAUGACCUGAGGGCAUUCAAGAUUCUGGACCUGAAGGACAUAGAGAAGAUGUUCUCAGCGUAUCAGAGACAGCAGGACCUGCUAACUAACCAAUCCUUCAAACAGAAAGAGACUGGCUCUAUGGAUGACAUCUACGUCAGCACACGGAAGGUCAAAGAGCUGUCGGUCAUCGAUGGCAGACGUGCUCAGAACUGUGUCAUCUUGCUUUCAAAGUUGAAAAUGACAAAUGAAGAAAUCAAAAGGGCGUUACUAGAGAUGGAUGAGAGAGAGGAGCUAGCCAAAGACAUGUUGGAGCAGCUGCUUAAAUUUGUCCCUGAGAAAAGUGACAUAGAUCUUUUAGAAGAGCACAAACAUGAGUUGGAGAGGAUGGCCCGAGCUGACCGCUUCCUCUUUGAGAUGAGCAGAAUUGACCACUACCAGCAGAGACUACAGGCUCUGUUCUUUAAGAAGAAGUUUGCAGAGCGUUUAGCUGAAACCAAGCCUAAGGUUGAAGCCAUCCUGAACGCCUCCGUGGAGGUGGUCCGGAGCAAGCGUCUGACUCAGGUCCUGGAGGUGGUGCUGGCCUUUGGAAACUUCAUGAACAAGGGCCAGCGAGGGAACGCCUUCGGAUUCAAGGUUUCCAGCCUGAACAAGAUCGUCGACACCAAGUCGAGCAUAGACAGGAACAUCACCAUGUUGCACUACUUGAUCAUGAUCUUUGAGAAGAACUACCCAGAUACGUUGUACAUCCAGGAAGACCUCAGGAGUGUGCCUGAAGCCGCCAAAGUCAAUUUGUCCGAGUUGGAAAAAGAAGUGCACAACAUCAAAAGUGGGCUGAAGGCUCUCGAGGCGGAGCUGCACUACCAGCAGAGCAGGAUGAGGGAACGCGGGGAUAAGUUUGUGGCCGUGAUCGGUGACUUCAUCACUGUGGCUGGGUUUAGCUUCUCUGAACUGGAGGACCAGCUGAGUGAAGCCAAGGAAAAGUUCGCCAAAUCUUUGAAGCAUUUUGGAGAAGAAGAAGGGAGGAUGCAGCCUGACGACUUCUUCGGCAUCUUUGACACCUUCUUGCAGUCGUUCAGUGAAGCUCGGCAGGACCUGGAAAACAUGCAGCGGCGCAAGGAUGAGGAAGAGCGGAGGGCACGGAUGGAGGCCAUGCUGAAGGAGCAGAGGGAGCGUGAGCGGCGGGCUAAGAAGGGCGGGGCCACAGAGGAGGUCGGCGGGGAGUUUGACGACCUCGUCUCUGCGCUACGCUCUGGCGAGGUCUUCGACAAGGACCUUAACAAAUUCAAGCGAAACCGGAAGCGCUCCGUCAACCAGCUAGUGGAAGGUGGCGGCCGAGAGAGAGCCGUCACCAAGGUAAAUUACUAAAGUUGGAAAGAGGAAGUAGAAAAGCAAAACUUUAGAGAUCUAAAAUUUGCCGUGGUGUAGAUCCACUUCAACCCAGAGCUUUGAACAGUCACGGCUUCCUUUGGAGCAGAUUUUAGCAACAGCUGGACUGGACGUGUAGAGACAUCCAUGGACAGCUACACUGCCUCAAAAGAUGCAACACUCUCCUCGGAUUGGUCUUCUAAAGCUGUUUCUGACCCGUUUAUCUCCAUAGUUGGGAUGGAAGGAUGGAGAAACCACUGUGACACAUUGUCCCACGUCAUCUAACUGUAUCCAUUGAACACUGUUCUUCAGGUUCUCCUUGUCGAUCACUCCUGCUCUUCCUCAGAAACCUUCUCUGUUCUUCUGAGAGUUCUUUGGUGCUGAAAUUUGGUUAUCGGGAUCAGAACUCUGGGAUUAGUCAGUCACGUUGUAUAUAGACACCAAAUGGAAAGUUUGGAAAUUUGUGAAGCUUGGCAGGUUAAAUAAAAACACAAAAAAUAGAUGAGGGGGGAUCAAAGCCAUUACGUCCACAGUUAUGUGGCUUUUUCCCUGAGAGAAACAAGAUUUUGCAGGUUAAUAGACCUGCGAUCGCAAACCUCUGACACUAAAACAACGGGUAUGGAGUCAAAAAAUCUCCUGUUGCUUCACAAUAAUGAAUUCUUACCAGUGGCUUCUGAUGGCACACAUCAACCCCAAGAAGAUACAAAUUUUCUAGGGAAAAAAAAAAAAAGAACAACUCCUCGCAUACAAAACUAGAACAAUGAUUGUGCCACAAGAAUUAAAUGUAAAUGGUUUGAAAGUCUUUCUGGCAUUAAGUAGUGCCAAAGCAGAGAAGAAAAAACAAUGUAAAUGUAUUUACACUAAAUAUUCUGCAAUUAGGCGUUGAUAUAUAUUUAUAUUUAGAUGCAGACAAGCUAAUUGCAAAAGAUGUAGAAGUGUGGGGUUUUUUAUGUUUCAGCAUUUUGGGAUUUUGUACACAAUGCAUUCUUUUAUGGUGUUGCAGGUUCACAUUGCUGUUGAAGUUCACUUACUAAAUAUUUUGUGCUUGACGAAUGAGAGGUAACUGCUCAUCCUUUUUCACUCCUUCUUGUCUUGUUUGCACUGUAGUUUGUUUGUUUGUUUUUGUUUUUGUUUUUGUUUUGUUUUGGGGUUUUUUGACAAACAUUCAAGUUUAAACUCCAGCCAACAUAAAACGGAAGAAGGAAUGCCAUAAACGAACUUAAUGGAAAAUUCCUCUUUAAUCAGUUUACAAUAUUGUUGCUAUUUGUAGCUACUUAUUCUCAGAUCUGUCUGUAGUAUACUUCAUCAGUUUCCUCAUUGUAUCCCCCAUUUUUACACUGGGGUGUAACAAGGCACUUAAAACUAGACUAAAUUGACUGGAUACCAACCGGACACAAAGCCUCCAUGCUUACUUAUUUUGAGUUGCCAAAAUAACAAUGCCAGUUUUAUUCGUUUUCAUAAGAUUUUCCAGUUUUUGUUGGGAAGUGGAGGGGGUUAUUAUUAUUUGCACAUGCUUUUCCAAAACUUCAGCAGCAGGGAUGAUGCAAGUUGCAACAAUGGGUUGAAUUGUUUGCAAUAUGUAGAUCUAUUUCGAAAGGAUACCGUAACCAGAUCUAAAUCAUCAGAUCUAAACCAGUUCGAAAACCACGACAUUUCCUAGUUUCAUUCAGUCUAGGUUUGAAUAACUAGCAAGGAGCAGUUUGUGAGGCGUCCAAGACUGCAAUCAGUGUGUGGGAAUAAGAUGUUUGGGCUCCUUGACUUUGUUCAGACAGGCUAAAGACGUUGCAAAAGAGACGCUUAUUCAGUUUGCUGGAAAACAGAAGCAGUUGUUUCCAUAGCAACACUU